GGUAAAAACGAAAAAGGUUAUCGAGAAAUUUGACAAAGAAAAAUUAUAAAAGGCUGUCCCUGUUGUGUUCUAAGAAAUUUUUUCUUGCGAGCAAUUUCACCAGCUUUUUCUCUCCAAGAAAAUUUUCAUCGGCUGUGGUUCAGGAUAAUCAGUGACUGUAUGUGUAUAAUGUGGGUGUCUCUUGGACCAUGCGACUUAACAAAUUUAUUGGAAUGUUGAUAAACUGGACAGAUUCUGCUGAGCAAUGGGGAAAAGGAAGUCAAGGGCAAAGCCUCCUCCAAAGAAGCGAAUGGAUAAGCUUGAUACUGUUUUCAGCUGUCCCUUUUGCAACCAUGGAACCAGUGUCGAAUGCCGCAUUGAUAUGAAGAACUUGAUUGGUGAGGCUGUAUGUAGGAUCUGCCAAGAGAGUUUUAGCACAACUAUCACAGCUCUGACUGAAGCCAUAGACAUAUAUAGUGAAUGGAUUGAUGAAUGUGAGCGGGUCAACACCCUUGAAGAUGAUGGUGCUUAGUAUGGAAACAUAUAAGACGGUUUUCUUUCUGGAAUGGGAAAGCCAAAGGGGGGUGCCAUUCAAAUCCAAGUCAACAGUCCAAAGUCUCAGAAAACUUUAUUAUGUUUUUAGACCUGUUGUAGAACCCGCAUAGUUAUAUUUUGGAUUGUAGGUGUGGUAAAGAUGUGUAUGUAACGUGUUACUUAAUCUGGAUGUCUUAAGAAUUCCGAAACUUUCAAACUAUGUUGCUUGUGUUGAUAUAUUUUGGUAACUGGUAAGAAAUACAAUAUGUUUUAUUUCUAUAGGAAA